AUGCCUACUGACUACAAAUUUGUUCUGGCGGCGGCAGUUUUCCAUCAUGGAAAGUUUAUGUAUUGGAACUGCAGUUUUUUCCCCCUGGAGUGGACGGUCGCACAAAUUGUAAUGCUGCUAAAGCCAGAGAAACAACCUGAAGAAACAAAAUCGUACAGGCCCAUAAGUCUGCUACCCAUUCCAUCCAAAAUAUAUGAAUUCCUACUGCUACAACGAAUUUUGCCUAUACUCAAAGAGAAGGAGCUAAUCCCUGACCACCAGUUUGGAUUCCGCAGUAAGCAUGCCACUAUCGACCAAGUGCACAGGCUAACAAAAUACAUCAUGGAGUCACUGGAAGGAGCUGAUGUGCAAAAAAAAAAAUGGAAAAAUCUCAAGGAUACAUACUUCAAGGAGGUAGCAGAUGAUAAAAAGUUGGUGUCGCGUCAAGCUAGAAAGAAAAAGAAAAGACCUUACAUACACAUGAGAGCACUUUCAUUUUUAUGCACUCAUAAAUUUCUGAGAGAUGCGACAAAUAAUGUUACAUACACAGAAAACAGUACAAGUAAUGCCGAAGACCUCACUAAUCAAUCCGGCGAAGACACUGACUCAGAAGUUACACAAAAUAAAAGACUGAAAGCGAGCAUGCGUAAAAAGAGUAAAAAUCUGAAUAACAGCGAUGAUGAGUUAUUGAAACUAUUGCAGGAGAAAAAAUAUGAUGAAGAUGUUUCAUUCUGUGAAAUGCUCAUCCCGAUGUUAAAAAAUCUAUCAAUAGACCAGAAACACUAUGCCAAAAUUUAA